CACCGUAAUCAUAUUCAUCUUUCUCUUUUUAUUUUUUUUUUCAGAAUUUUCCUCUUUCCCGUGGUAAAUGGUUGUUAGUAAAUUUGUUUUUGUUUUUUAGUUUUAGUUGUUGUUAUUAUUAUUAGUUAUACUAUUAUUAAAAUAUUGCCGUGAUAGCUUACGAUCUUGGCAUCAAAUCAUUAUCCAGUUGCAUUACAAGACAAUGUUAUGAAAAAAAUAUACAAUUUUGAAUCUAAAUAAUAUAAAUCGAAAGAUUCAAAACCAAUAAUGACCUCUCAAGUCAAUUCCAAAUGGUCUUGCGAUGUCUGCACAUACGAUAAUUAUCAUUCAUCACUGAAAUGUGUCAUGUGUAGGAGACCCAAACUACAAUUGUCCCAAGCUCAAGACAUAUAUAGUCUUAGAGAUGAACUUCCAGUUGAACCACAAUCUCAAUUAAUUGAAGCAUCUGGAGAAAUUGAUAACUGUGAUAAACUACUAGAUAGUAAUCUGGUUGAUGCACUUAACGAACAAUUCAACAAUGAAUUGAAGAUCAGUGAUAGAGCUAAUUCACCAGAAAAUGAAGCAGCUUCAUCUAGUUUAGAAACACGAGCACUUGCCAAAUGGUCCUGUAGUGCAUGUACAUAUCAAAAUUGGCCUAAAAGUUUUAAAUGCAUCAUGUGUGGAACAAGAGGACCUCGUAAAACAUCUCCAUCGCCUGAUAAUUCUUUAUGUGAACCUCCUACUAUCAUUACAAAACGAGUUAAAUCUCCAGAGAAAGACCUAGCAGCAACCAUUAAUACAGAUUCAAAUAUUUGUACAUUAAAAAGAUCUUCUUCAAGACGUCGUUUGGAUGAUAUUAAUAGCAACUAUGAUAGAGCCUGGCUUGCUGCUUGUGUAGGCGUAGUUCAAGGUGACUGGAGUCCUAUUGCAGCUUAUUUACACGCUGGUGGUGAUCCAACCAGGUCAUUGACAUCAACUGAAGUGACACUUCUUAAUAGACCAUCGGCGUUUGAUACCGGACACACAUUAGUUCACCUUGCUGUUAGAUUUCAUCGUGAAGAAAUUUUAUCAAAUCUUUUGAAUGGAAUCAAUGCAACUAGUAGCUCAACAACUGUAAAACGAGUACCUUCUCAUGUUGCUCAUCAACUAGCAGAUGAGAUAGGAAAACAUUUCCUUUCAACAAUACGUGUAAGAAAGUCCUUAAUGCCAUGUCCAUUUGUUACAGAAUUUGCAACAUUUUCCCUACCUUAUGAAAUUGAAGAACUUCCAAGACCAGUUCAAAGGCAAUUACUCGAUGAACUUCUUGAUCGCAAUGUUCAACAUGAAUUAGAAAUUGAAGAAGUCCCUCCAGUGAUUAACUGGUCAUCUGAGGUUUGUGAUGGGUUAUGUUCUAGACUCUAUGCAUUGUGGAAUCGUUCAGCUGGUGAUUGUUUGCUGGAUUCCUUAAUGCAAUCUACUUGGGGAAUUUUCGAUAAAGACAAUAUACUAAGAAAAGCUUUAGCUGAUUGCUUACACGAAAGCAAUAUGUUGUUUUAUCCAAGAUGGAAAGAGUAUGAAGCAUGGCAAGCAAAACAAUUAGAAUUUUGUCUAGACGAAUAUCAAUGGGCUGAAGAUUGGGCUGCAUUAGUAUCUCAAGCUGAAAGACCUGGAUCAAGCUUAGCUCAACUCCAUGUAUUUGCAUUAGCUCAUGUGCUGCGUCGCCCAAUUAUUGUAUAUGCUGUGAAAUAUGUGAAAAAUUAUCGUGGGGAUCGUCUAGGUUAUACAAAUUUUGAAGGAGUUUACUUGCCACUUCUAUGGGAAUCAAGUUUUUGUAUUAAAUCUCCAAUAACCUUAGCUUAUACACGAGGACAUUUUUCUUCACUGGUGCCUGUAGAACCAUUACCUCGAGGAAAGAGUACUACAUACUUGCCACUUGUUGAUCAUGAUCACAAAUUAUUACCAAUACAUUUUGUUACCAAAUCUGAAAUGGGACAUGAGGAAAAUAUUUUAAAACAAUGGUUAGAUGUUUGUUUAACAGAAAAUGGUUUGUUAUUAGCUCGACAGCGUUUGCAUAAACGACCAUUGUUGGUUGCUCAAAUGCUUGAAGAAUGGUUAAACUAUUAUAGAAAGCAAGCUCAAAUGACAAUCACGCCAUUUUCACGGCCUAUUUCAAUACAAGACUAUUCAAGUGAAGGAGAAUCUGAACAAGAAUAGUUAAUGCUUAGCCAGUGUAGUGAGUUUCCUAUAUUUACAAUAUUUCAUGAUGUACAAAUAAAUCUUCAAAUCUCAAUAUUUUUAUUAUUAAUUAUGCUUAUCACUAUUAGAUUUUUUUUUUAUGAAAGUCAUAUUAUAAAACUUUGUUUAUGUUUGAUAUGUACCUUAACAGGGUUCAAAGAAAUUAUUAAUAAUUAUUUGAGCUGCUCCAUUAUUUUAUCUAAAGUAUAUAAGAUUAUUCAUUAGAAAUGUUCAUUUAAAUAUAUUUCCCAAAAAGUUGAAUAUAAUGGAAUGAGUAUGAACUUGAGUUAAAUUGUGCAUUAAAUAUUUAAAAUUAUACUAAAAUAUUAAAAAAUAUCUUUUCAUAAAUAUUAAAUAAUAGAUUAUGCAUUAUUAUUAUUUAUAUACAAAAUGAAAAAAUUAUCAAAUAUAAUAUAGGUAUAUUUUUAUAGUUAAAAUUAAAUAUGUAUCAUAUUUAAAUGCAUUGUAGGAUUAAAAAUUAUUAUUAUAUUAAUAAUAAAUAUUCGUGAUAAUUUCAUACAUACUUAUAUAUUAUGUAAUGUAUAAUUUGUGUGUACCUAUUAAAUAAAUUUGAAAAAAUGUUUUGUUAUAAUUUUGAAAUUUACUUUUCUUAAUUAAAUUUACUAGUGCAUCUAAUCACAAUUCACAAGUCUUAUUACUUAAAUCAAAAUAUUAAAAUUAUAUUUCAUUUGAUUCUUUAACUAUGUUUAGAGUUUGUAUCAGACUAUUCUAAUUCUAGUCAAGUUUUUCUUAUUAUGUUUAAUAUGACGUUUUUUCUUUUUAUUUUUAUUGAUAACACAUUGACAUAAGACUUGAGUGACUUCGUUCAUUAUGUUAAAAUAUUAUUAACUAUUUAUUAUCUUUAUUUUAAAACAUAUUAGAUGUCUUAUUAACAAAAAACCUAUUUUAAUAAUUGCUAUACGUCCACAAUUUAGUUUAUACUAAUAUUUCUUUUUUAAUACGUUUUACAUCCAAAAAUUUACAAAACAUUUAGAAAAUAUUCUGAUUAUUACUAAAAGUAAUUAUAAACUGGCUGAUGGUUACACUAUUUCCAAACUUAUAAAAAGCACUGCCAGUUAUUCAAUACUUUAUACCAAUUUAUAUUAAUACAUUUAAUACUAAAAUAGUAUUUUCACUCUAAAUUAAAUAAAUAAAAUGAAAUUAGAUUUAUUGUACUUAAAAUAUAUAAUUUUAGCUCAAAAAUUAUAUAGUUUAAUUAUUUCUAAUGUACAGAUUUUGACUAUAAAUAACAUAUUUUAAUUAUUUCUUAGAUGGUUAAUUGUUUAUCACGGUUUUGUUAAAAUGUACUCAAUUAUAAUUUGGGAAACUAAAUUAAAAUAUAGAAUAAUCGAAAUUUAUAUAUUUAAUUUCAUGUAUUUUUGUUAAAUAUGAACGUUGAAAAUACUUAGACUGUUAAUUGUUUGUACCAAAUACAUAAAAAAAAGAUUUAAUGUGUAACUAUUAACUGAGUUAAUUGGAUGACAAAAAUGUAUUUACCUAUUGAAUUAUUGUUGUAUUACUAUUGCUAACAACAAAAUAAGAAAUUUAUAAUGUUAGGUUUAUGCUUAUAAAUGAAUAUACUGAUUUGUCAGUUUUUAAUGUAUACAAUGUUGUAAAGGCACUAUUAGAAAAAAGAUGUUUCUUUUAAUACAAUUAUAUUCUGGAUGAUUUAUGUGUCAAUUGAUAAAUUUGAAUGUAUGAUCAAAUUAGAAUACAUAAUGAUUGCAUAAUGUCAGAAUGUGUGAUACAUAUUCAAAUAUUAAUUUGUAAUUACAUAUAAUAAAUUAGAAUAUAAGGUUGAUGUAUUAUAAUUUAAAAUUAUUGAAGGCUAUGGAUAAAUAAUGGCAAGAUUAAAUUGUGUUGUUCAUAAUUUUUAAGGGUUUUAUUUAACACAUCAAACCAAUAAUAUUGUUAAUAAGAGUACAGAGUACACUACAUUUUAUUAUGUUGUCUCCAUCUUACAAAUUUAUAAUGUAGCAUAUUUUUAAUUCAGUCAAACCAAUUGUUUGUUAUUACCUUAUUAGUGAAUUAUAAUAAUUCACUAUAAUAUUAAAGCUAUAAUUGGUGAAUCCUAACCUAUUAUCAAAUUCAAGGGUAAAAAUAUUAUCUAAAUCAUCUCAUAGGUUUCUAUUGAUAUUUUUAUUUUUAAGUUAGUGAUAACAAUAUUGAAUUUACCAUUUUUAAAUUUUCAUUUUCAGCAAGAUAAUUUGCUUAAUAAUAAUUUCAAUAGAAACCUAAAAGUUUUCUUAGAUAAUAUUUUUACUUUUAAAAUUUAAUAAUAGAGCGAUUCAUUCUAAUAUUAAAGCUAAAUUAAGAGGUUGGUUUUAUUGAACAAAAAUUUGCUACUUUAGUUAUAGUAAUUUUAUACUCCUAAAACGACAGUACCUAUCAAUGUAGUAUUCUCUUGAUAAUAAUUUUAGAAGCUUUGUAAAUAUAUUAUGAACUAUAAAAUACAUUAUUUAUUUAUUUGUCAUCAGGAAUCUUUGGCCUUCUAAUAAUUAUGUUUUAAUUUGACAAAAAAUAUUUUUUUAAAUGUCUUGAUAAUAUUUAUAGUUAUUUAGAUAAUGUUAUUACUGAAUAGUUAUAUUAAUUUUUAGUUUUCACAUAAAAACAGUAUAAUGUGUAUUGUGUAUAGAUUGCCUUUGCUUUAACACAUAGUCAAUAGGUAUUUACUAUUUUUUAGUUUCAUUAAUAAUUUGUUGUAUAUUUGACUUUGGGGUUAGACUUGUUGAUGGCACUUGUCAUGAAAUUAAUAGUGGGGUUUUUUUUGUUAAUAUUAUAUUUUUAAUUUGUUGAAAUAAAAUAAAAUGUCAAAUGUUUA